AAUGUGUCAUCAAUUAUACAUGGUCAAUCUUUUACAUAUUCGAUCCUCUCGUGAAGCUGUGUCGGUGUGUCCCAUUGCAGCAUGAAGACGCCGUCGAAAUCCAUGGAGGGUGCGAUCCGGUGCGAUGCGAACUACGUCCCUCUCACUCCAAUCAGCUUCUUGGAGCGCUCUGCGAUGGUCUACAGAGACAGACUUUCUGUUGUGUACGGUGAUGUCCAGUACACCUGGAGAGAGACGCUUGAACGGUGCACCAGACUCGCUUCUGCUAUAGCCCAGCUGGGAAUUUCUAGCGGAGAUGUGGUCGCUGCAAUGGCCCCAAAUAUUCCCGCAAUGUAUGAGUUACAUUUUGGCGUCCCAAUGGCUGGUGCAGUACUUUGUACACUAAACGUACGACAUGAUUCGGCAAUGGUAUCAACAUUACUUAGACAUUCGGAGGCCAAACUCAUUUUUGUGGACUACCAGUUUCUUCAUAUUGCUCAGGGAGCGAUUGAUAUUCUAUCCAAGACAAGGACCCAGCUGCCCCUUCUGGUCUUAAUUCCAGAGUCUGAUCCGCCAUCUGCUAACAUCAGCAAUGCCAUUUCGAGGUCCAGAAACCUGGAAUAUGAGGGUUUUUUAGCAACAGGAAGACCCGAUUUUGAGGUCAGACGGCCAAAUGAUGAAUGGGAUCCAAUCUCUCUCAAUUACACUUCAGGCACUACAUCAAGCCCAAAAGGUGUGAUUUGUAGUCACAGAGGUGCCUAUCUCAAUUCACUUGCAGCGGCACUUCUCAAUGAGAUGGGUUCAAUGCCUGUAUACUUAUGGUGCGUCCCCAUGUUUCACUGCAAUGGGUGGUGCCUCACUUGGGCUGUUGCUGCUCAGGGUGGCACAAACGUCUGCCAAAGGAAUGUCACUGCAAGAGGAAUCUUAGAAAAUAUUUCUAGGCACAAGGUGACCCACUUUGGUGGUGCACCCACAGUCUUGAACAUGAUAAUAAAUGCAACAGCUAGCGAGCUCAGGCCACUUCCAGGCAAGGUAGUGGUGAUGACAGGUGGUGCACCACCACCCUCUCACGUGCUAUUCAAGAUGGAAGAACUAGGAUUUAAUGUGACUCACGCGUAUGGAUUAACAGAAACUUAUGGUCCUGGGACUGUUUGCACUUGGAAACCAGAAUGGAAUUCCCUUCCUCGAGAGGCGCAGGCAAAGAUCAAGGCCCGUCAGGGAUUGCACCAUCUUGGCCUUGAGGAAAUUGACAUUAAAGAUCCUGUCACCAUGAAGAGUGUACCCCCUGAUGCAAAAACCAUGGGUGAGGUUAUGUUCAGAGGCAACACUGUGAUGAAUGGGUAUUUGAAGGACUCAAAAGCAACACAGGAUGCGUUUAAUGGCGGAUGGUUUCGGAGUGGGGACUUGGGGGUGAAACACCCUGAUGGCUACAUAGAACUAAAAGACCGGUCUAAAGACAUCAUCAUAUCUGGGGGUGAAAACAUUAGCACAAUUGAGGUGGAAUCAGUGAUUUUUGGUCACCCAGCGGUUCUUGAGGCAGCUGUUGUGGGAAGACCCGACGAUUACUGGGGGGAGACACCAUGUGCAUUUGUGAAGUUGAAAGAUGGGUACAGUGUCAGUGCAGAGGAGAUCAUUAAGUUUUGUAAGGAACACUUGCCCCAUUAUAUGGCUCCUCGAACUGUUUUUUUUGAGGAUCUGCCAAAGACUUCAACUGGGAAGGCACAGAAAUUUGUUUUAAGGGAAAAAGCGAAGGCCAUGGGAAGCCUUACAAACAAGAGUUUCAGCAAACUGUAAUAAGCACCCUUUUCCUUUCCAUGGUUAAUCAUCAUCAUUAUCCAAGGAGUUAGCAUCACUUUGUAACAUCUUCAACAUCGAAAUUCGCUUGCUAUGGAAAAAAUAAAUAAUCUUGGUUG